AUGUCCUUAUUGGAACCCCAUCCAGAGUGGUCGGCAUUGUCGUACACGUGGGGACCACCCAUAAAAGGCCGGCAUCUUGACGACAAGCAGAUUCUUGUAGCAGGCCAGAUCUUUACUGUCACCGGCAAUCUCUUUGAUGCAUUGACGAGAUUCAGAUGGGCCCCGCGAGCACGCCAAAUGUGGGUAGACGCUAUCUGUAUCAACCAGGACGACAUGGAUGAGCGUUCGCGACAGGUGGCUAUGAUGGCGCGUAUCUAUUCACAGGCUACAUCGGUGCUCAUUUGGCUGGGACACGACUCGGCUUACCUUGAUGCACAUUUCACGUUCACGCUGUUGAAGUCCAUCCGUCGAUACAGAGAGGAGAUGAUUGGCCUACAAAAAUGGAUUCAAGCCUAUCGGGACCAUACAGGGUAUGAACCGAAUUUUGAGGAGCUCGAUCAAAGGCUCGUGGACAUCAUCUUGCAACCAACAGGGCCAUUCUCGCUUUUGAAAUCGUCCCCGACAUGGCAAGUGAUCGAGGAAGGAGCGACUCAGCUACAGGAUCAGGGCUUCAUUCGCAAUCUGAACAAAGUGGGGACAAGACACCCGCUGAUUGUGACGGUUUGCACUAUGCUGCAAAAGUUCUUCGACAGACGGUACUUUUCCCGCCGGUGGGUAUUGCAGGAAAUCUUCCACGGAAAAAGCACACAAAUCACUUGCGGCCAGCAGUCCAUGAUGUGGUACGAUUUCGAAGAAUCGCAUCGCUCACUCUGGCUAGUCAACGGGCUAGUGGCCAAUCGUAUAAAAAGACUACAAUUUGACAUUCCCACCGCCGCGACCACUCAAGUGAGCCUUUCCUGGCGCACGCAGCAGCGAGACGGCCAGCUUCCUGCCAAAGUCAUGCUGGACCUGCUGCUCAUGUUCAAUAGUGCCGAAUGUGAAGAUGUGAGGGACAGAUUGUUCUCACUCCUCAGCUUCGACAGCAGAUUCCAGCUGCUACCGGACUAUACCAUGUCGGUAUCCCAAGUAUGCCUCCAGUUCGCCAGAGUCUGCAUACAGUCCGGACUUUUCGAAUCAGUCCUUUCUGCAGCAUUGAACCAGAUUGACACUCUGCGCGAUGGCGUUACCCGGCGCCUUGACCUCCAGUCAUGGGUGCCGGAUCUGAGCAUCGAAGUACGAAGCGACGAUCGGGCGAUCGAAGUCACAGAAGGUUCCCAAGCCGCGACCAAUACUACCGUGGAUGCCGACGGCAGACUGUCGUGCUCGCUUCUUACUUUUGGCACCAUCGAGAUACACAACGGCUGGGCAUUGCUAGGCCCCAACAUCCCAGCAGAUGUCCUGACAACAGUCCUGGGCCUGCAUACCGGUCCGGACACGAUCCCGCUCGUGGAUCUACAAGCGAAGUGCUGGCCCAAGCUGGUAGCUCUCGAAGAAGAACCCCGCCUGGAGGCCAGGGACUUCACAGACCUUGCAGUUUGGACAUUCCAUUACAUGGAUGCUCCGCGACGCUCCAGCAAGUCUGGUCGCAGCGAGUCUGGUCCUUCAGGUCUUUUUGACGGGGAUCUGUUGUGUAAAACCAGCUCCGGAUGGAUUGCUCAUGACCUUUUCGCCAUUCGCCCUGGAUCCGAGCUGACGGAUGCCGGCGAGCUGAUCUACACUGUCGUCGGUAAAGCUAUCUGGGGGUACUGGAAUGAAGAGGAGGCUCCUGCUGGUGAGUUGCGCCGAUUCCUGAUUGCAUAG